UUGAGCAAACGAUGCGGUUCCAAUCGUAUCGAAUGCAACGAUUCUCAUCAGCCUAAGAGCGGUCCUUGCAGCUCCCUUCGCGAGCAAAUCUAUCUCAACAGAGGCAACACCCUACCCGCGACACCUCGUGCUCUUUGUCUAUCUCAAGGUUCAGAUCAGUGCUGCGUUAGCUGGGCGAACCUUCUCCACGCAAAUACUCCAUGGGCAACACUCAUCAGUGCCAAUGAUGCUUUGCAGUUUGAUUGUGUCAACAAUGGAAAGUCUGGUCGUGCAUUAGACGUCAAUCUCUCCGACGUUUGCACGACUCAGUGCAUGUCAAACCGAGCUGAGGGUUGU